AUGUUUUCGUGGAUUACGGGUCCACGAAUUACGAAUGUGAUAGAAGAUCUCCAGCCGGAACCCAACUAUGAAUCCACCUUCAUUGAGCCGCCCGAGACUCCAGCCCAUCAAUUUGCUGUCAAUGCUUUCAAACACGCCAUAUUCGGAACCCCCGCGCCCGAAGACGUAAAUAACACUUCAAAGAAGACGGCGAGGCAGGCGAAGCUGGACGCGGCGAAUACGAAGGUUAUAGAUCUUCCUGCGCCAAACGAAGAUGCCCCACCAUCAUCGCCAUCGAAACAACCCGGUGGCAUCCUCAUGACUCCAGGAACGGCGAACAAAGGAAGGAAGACUGUAUCAUUCGGGUCACAAGUGGUGGACAAUGAGAGCAAACGAGGCAACACUGGAAAAAGUGGUAUACCCAAUGACUGCCCUGGAAAGUUUCCCAGCCCAUGGACACCAGGCACGCAGCUGAAACUGGAGCCCUCGAGCGAUAAGCGACCACGGACCAAGCUCACUGAGGCCCUUUUGGAUGCGCGCACGAUCAUACAACCAAAAUCUGGUCAAAAGCCCAAGGCAAGGGACGAUAGCGAUAUCACAAUUGAUCUGGGAGCGCCACGGUCUGAGUCAGGGAAAUACUGGAAGGAACAGUACGAAAGCUAUGCCGAAAGGAGCGAGAAGGAGAUGAAGAAAAUUAUCGCUAAACAGCAGCUAGCCAAGAAGUUCGCGAUGAAAAAAGACGGUGAAGUCACCGAAUUAGCUAGCAAGCUCGAUCAAGAACGCAAGCGCUUUCGGCAACGGGAGCGAGAACUCGAGCAGCAAAACAAGGAUUACCAGGAACGACUCCGUCUUGCCAUGGCUGACAGUAUGUCUGCAAGUAUCGAGAUAGCUGCAUUGAAAGCGCGAGUUGGUACCAUGGAGAAGUCGAUCGCGAUGCCCGCAUCGGAGCUCCUGCAAAGCAAAGCAUGUUUUCAUAUCUACGAGGAUGCGAGCAGAGAAGCUAUGCAGCCCCAACCGGAACAAGAUAAGCCAGCUGAAGUCUCUUUUGCAGCAUCGAUCAGCAUGGCUUCCUCGGGUAAAGAAAAUUCUUCCCCAAAGGCUCGACGUCACCGUCGCCAGACCAUGCCCGACAACUCUCCCCGCCCAAAUGGUCGACCUAGACUAGGAACGGCGGAAGGAGAGGCGUCUAUCAUAUUAGGAAAGUCACCUCGAACAUCCGGGCAACCAUCUGAGACCGCUUCAGAUCCAGCAGCUCCGCUAUCCUCAGAUCAGCCUCCAAAAUCGCCGCUUAAGAUUCGCAGAACAGAAGCAAACAAUGAGAAUGAUGGCCCCAAGUCCCCUGUUGCACUGCUUCCAUCAAGUCCACUUCCCAUGGCGUCCCCUGAUCCAUGGUUAGAGAUGCAUGACAGCUCCAUACCGCAGAUGGAUAAGAUGGCUAUGCCAAUUUCUGCUGGCCAGCCGUACUCACGGCCUGCAUGGAACCCCCCGCCAAGGCAUCAGCGAGGCAUCAAGUCCGUGUCGCAUGCCAGACAGAUGGAAGUCUCGAAGCUUGAUCGACGGAAUGAGAAGCCUGUAUCGAACAGGGAGGAAGCAGAACCGUCCCACAUUCGAUUCCUUGCCAAUGAACAGUCGAUUUGUCCCCUAGAGUCAAAUGCAACAAUCGCAACGACAUCAAAGACGAACGAAAAACUCGCCGUUAAGCAAUCUAGGACUGAAGCUACUAAGAAGACCGUAGAAGCGGCAGAUAAUCAUUCUCCAACCGAUCCGAGAUUUGACCUGUCGAAAAUCACGUCUCAUCAUGCAGAGGGCUCUACACAAGUCAAACGCGAUCGGGUCGAACUGCUGCCUGGGGACCGGAAGGAGCAGGCGAGAAGGCGACUUGAGGAGCGAAAGAAGCUCAGGAAAAAUGCUCUUUAA